CCUAAUUUAAGUUUAUUUAAGAAUUAUCUGUUGUGUAGUAUACUGUUUAAAGGAGGCCAGUUUUAAAGGAAUACUGGUGAUAGCCUCAAAGACUGGGGAAAAGAAAAUAUCCCCCUCACACCUUGAUAGUUCUUAUAUCUGUAUUCCUGCAAUACAUAUAUCUAUAUAUAAACAAAUCAUUGGAUUAGCAGCAAGGGAGUUGAAAAUGACAGAAGUUGGGAAUGACUGCUAUUUCUUUUUUAAUUCCACAUGCAUAAAGGGUUCCCAGUGCCGAUUCCGACACUGCGAAGAAGCCCUUGGCAGUGACACUGUGUGCUCAUUAUGGAGAGAGAAAAAAUGUUUAGAUCCACUUUGCAGAUUUAGACACAUGGAAAUGCAGCAAAACUGCAGCAUUUCAUGCUUCUGGGAAACUCAACCUCUUGGUUGUGUGAAGAUAAGUUGUAUUUUUUAUCACAGCAAACCUCGAAAUAUCAAUGGAUUAUUUUUGCCACCAAGUAGCAAUAUCACAAUACAGAAAGACAGUCAGGAAGGAAUUCCAUCCCCAACUCAGAGUCAGGAACCUUUGAAGCCUCAGGAGACUAUAUCACGACCCAUUCACCAUCCUUUAGUUUUAAAAACUAACUUUGAGGAAGAAGAGGAGGAAGAAGAGGAACAAAACGAUUAUUUGGAUUUGGGACAAUUUAAUUUAAAAACAAUAUGUCCUAUAGAUGCUUCUAGUUUGUGGACAAAGACUCCUGAAGAGAUUGAAGAAAAAAGAGUAAUAAAGGAGAUGUGCUAUAAAUCUGGCGAGUACUACAGAUUUCAUACUCCUGCAGAUAUUUCAUCAAAAAGCACAGCCCCUGCAGUGGAGAAAGAGCUAGAAAAGCCUUUGGAAAAUGGCAGUGAAUUGCAAGAAGGGGAUGGAUUUACAAUUCCAACAAAAUUAAGCCUAUCUGAAAGACAAGGCGAGACGAAAAUAUCGUUGGAUGGGAAACCAAAGACUGACAUUGCUGCUUUUGAAAAUGGAGGAGGUGACUGUCCCAUUCCACAAAGGAUUUCAUUUCUUGGAGUAGAUGAAAGUGACGGUUUAACUGAAGAGAAAGAGAUCCACAUGUCAAAAUGUCCAAAUACCAAAGUGAAUGAUGUCCAGCCAGUGAAGAGGCCUCAUUUCAAAGGUGUGAAGAAAAGAAAAUGGAUUUAUGAUGAGCCAAAGAACUUUCCUGGCUCUGGAAUGCAGAGAGGAGUACAAUCUCCCAAUCCAAAAAAUAAAAUGAAUUACCAUCAGCAUAAUAAGAACAAGAAUGCUGAAAGUGCAUCCUACAUCCAUGUUCGAAGAGACGCAGUCAAGACUGUCCCGCUGAGUGCCCCUCGCUGCAGCAGGCCCACAAAUGAGUCCUACAAUAAAGCUGAUGCUAAGAAGGAACCCAAAAUCAAUGUCUGUCCAGACAAAUACAUGUCAACCUCAUAUAAUGGUUCAGCCUGGAGAAAAAGGAUUCCUUUUUCAAAAACAUAUUCAAAAACUGAAAAGAUAUAUCCAGAGCCAAGAAGAAAUGGGAGCAAGUAAACUUGGAGGUUGAAAGAAGAGAAAAAUGAGAAAAGAACUUAAGUGCCAGCCAUCAUCUGAUUUACAAUCAAAAAUGAAAAUUCAAAGAGUGAGAUAUUCAAGUGCUCCAUACUGUAUUGGACAGUCAAAGAUGAUAAAAUGCAAAUUCUGAAAAUAAGAUGCAGGAGGUAUAUUGUGCUCUUUCAAAACUGAUAAAAAUGCAAAUUACAGACAGCUGCUUGUGUAUUUAUGUAGGUCUGGAAUUCAUUCAGUGCAUUACC